UCCAUUCUACGGUUUUGCGUACCUAAUUUAUUCGGCGGCUCUUCUUAAACUCCCAUUUCGUCGACGCUUCUCUUCUUCGCCGAUCAUCUCCGUGGCCAGAAUUUUGACGAUUUCAUGGCGAAUCCGACUCCGGCUCCUCUCGUCUAUGUCCUUUUGGCUUUGCUGUUAGUCUCAUCCACGAUUGCAACCUCCGAUGUCCCUUUCAUUGUCGCGCACAAGAAGGCGUCGCUCACUCGGCUGAAAUCUGGCGCCGAACGUGUCUCUGUCUCCAUCGACAUUUACAAUCAAGGAUCUUCGACCGCGUAUGAUGUAAGUCUGAACGAUGCAAGCUGGCCAGGAGAUGUCUUUGAUGUUAUCAGUGGCGAAACUUCCAAAUCGUGGGAAAGACUCGACGCUGGUGGUCAUCUAUCACAUUCUUUCGAGUUGGAAGCAAAAACAAAAGGAAUGUUUCAUGGUUCACCUGCUGUUGUCACAUUCCGAGUCCCUACAAAGUCUGCUUUACAGGAAGCCUUAUCGACCCCAAUUCUACCGUUGGAUGUCCUCGCUGACAGACUACCCGAGAAUAAGUUUGAGUGGGUUAAGAGGCUGCUCGCUAAGUACGGUUCCCUGAUCUCAGUGAACUCCAUUGUCAUUCUGUUCAUCUAUCUUGUGGCCAGCCCAUCAAAAUCUUCUGCAAAAGGAAGCAAGAAGAAGCGUUGAUUUACGAUUCGGAGAUAGCUCGAAAAGUAGUUUUAACUGUGUUAAAAUAGAGGAUUUUCCCUGAUACUUUGUUGGGUUAGCAAAGGUACAGAACUUUUUGAACUGAUAGGUUUUUCGUUCACCCCCGAAUGAAGUCGAGCCCGAGGGAACAGAAGAGUUAAUCACAGGCACGUGCUGAGAGUCGCCGAACACGUGGUGCAGUAAUUGACUUGUUGAUUUGUUAAGUUAUAUGCGGAUUUGUUCAUCAUAUUUCAGAGUUGGUUUCUUCUUUUCUUAGCCAUGAA